UUAUCGAUAUUUGUCUUGUUUUCUCUGGUCUCAUGUCACUGUCAAACCGAGGCGCCAUCUUCAUCCCACACUCACCUGCGCGAGGUCUAUGAAUAUUCAUCAGCGCGCGGUCCCAUUGGUCGAUUGUUUGCGGACGUCUGAUGUUAGGGCGGGAACAACGCUAAGCAUCUAUUUAAUAUUCAUAAGCAGCCCUGUUGGGGCUUUAAGCGGCUUCACUGCAGCAGCAGAAACGCGAAGAACAGAGACAGACGACCUUAAUUACCAUAAAACAUCAUUACACAAGAAAACGAGCCAGAGAUUUACAGUUUUUCUUGAUUUCACAGGAGUUUUCUGAGGUUAUGGUUUUAUUCUCGACGGUCUAAUGGAUCUAGUGCAGUUUUAUCACCCGGAAUCCUUUUCCUUCCCUUCUGAACAGAACGCCUUCAUGGACAUGAUGUCAUUCAGCGGACACUGUCCCCCUUAUAUUAAGACCGAACCGUCCAGUCCGUCCUCACUGUCAGAUAGUCUGACCCAGCACAGUCCCGGAGCCUCAUCAGACGCCGGGAGCAGCUACAGUUCAGGACCUAAAGGAAACCUGGCAGGCCUGGACUCUCCGGCAUCGUACCUGCGCAGUGCCCCCUGCAGGCUUCUGGAGGAAGCGCAGGCGAAGGGUGAAUACGGGCUGAGCUCAGGCCCCAAACGUCUGUGUCUGGUGUGUGGAGAUGUUGCGUCUGGAUUCCACUACGGGGUGGCUUCAUGUGAGGCCUGCAAAGCAUUUUUCAAACGCACCAUCCAAGGUAACAUAGAGUACAGUUGUUCAGUCAGCAGAGACUGUGAGAUCACUAAACGCAGGAGGAAGUCCUGUCAGGCCUGUCGCUUCACCAAGUGUCUGUCUGUGGGGAUGCUGAGAGAAGGUGUGCGUUUGGACCGGGUUCGAGGAGGACGGCAGAAAUAUAAGAGGAGAAUUGACUCCGAUUCUAGUGUUUACCUCAGUGUGCCACUUCCUCACAGAAAACCAGUGUCCUGCAGCGCUCAUGCUGAAAAUAAGGUGGUGACGCUUCUGCUGGGGGCGGAGCCAGAGAAGGUGUGUGCCAUGCCUGACCCCGCCCUCCCCGAUAGUGACAUCAAAGCCCUGACGACCCUGUGUGACCUCGCUGACCGAGAGCUGGUGCUGAAUAUCAGCUGGGCCAAACACAUACCAGGUUUCUCCAGCCUCUCACUGUCGGAUCAGAUGAGUCUCCUACAGAGCGCCUGGAUGGAGAUUCUGGUCCUGCGGGUGGCGUUUCGCUCUCUGCCCUGCGACGACAGGCUGCUGUUUGCGGACGAUUACAUCAUGGAUGCGGAACAGGCCAAAUGUGCCGGUCUGCUGGAGCUGCACACGGCCAUAUUACAGCUGGUGCGCAGAUACAGAUGCAUGAGUCUGGAGAGAGAAGAGUUCGUCACUCUGAAGGCCAUCGCUCUCGCUAACUCAGACUCGAUGCACAUUGAGGACGUGGAGGCGGUUCAGGGUCUUCAGGACGCCCUGCACGAGGCUCUGCUGGAUUACGAGUGUGUGCAUCACAGUGAGGACCCUCGACGGGCAGGAAAACUCAUCAUGACUCUCCCGCUGCUCCGCCAAACCUCCGCUAAAGCCGUUCGUCAUUUCUGCAGCAUCAAACAGGACGGACGCGUCCCAAUGCACAAACUCUUCCUGGAGCUGCUGGAGGCCAACAUCUGAUCCGCAAGCCCAUUGGACUGUCAGACUGAGGUGACACUCCCCCUCUCGCACACCAUUGGCUGAGGGAGGAUUGGUCACAGAUACAGGGGAAAUUACUUAUUAACAAUAACACAGGAUAUACUCCAUACGGAUACAGUUGGUCAAAAUGAUUCGCCUCCUGUUCAUUUUUUGUGUUUUCUUUUUAAAAUAUUUACCAAAUGCUGUUUAACGGAGGAGGGAAUUUUUC